CUCCUCUUUCGUUCGUUCGUUCGUUUGCCUUGUUCGCGCAACACAGCACAACACAACAAACAGCAGCAGCAGCAGCAGCGUACACACGCACAAACAGCCACCCUUUACCGAGUCCAGUCCACAGUUCUUCCUUUAUGGUCCCUCAAGCUCUCUCUGUGUGUGUGUGAGGCCUCCCUCCCGCUCAAUCGCCCGAAAUAGCAGUUUCCGGUUUUGAUCGUAACCAAUCCAUCCUCGCCUGCCAAAAGAUUCAGACACUGUCGUUUGGCGAAUGAGAAGCCAAGUACCCCAACCAUCGCCUCUCCCUGUGCCUCUCCCCCGCCUGUCGGUCUCGCCGCUGCUAAAAAAACCAAUUGCAUAAAGAGUACGAGAACGGGCAUUUUGCUUAACCAAGGCGAGACCCCGAUGAUGUUACACAAGGGCCUUUUUUUUGUCUCGUGCUUUUUUUCGUUUGUUUGUUUUUGUCGUCGUCGUCGUCGUUGUUGUUGUUGUUGUUGUUACCGAUUGUUUGUUUCAGCCAUCUCCUUUUUACUCUCUCGCCUCGACCGUAGUCACUCACUCAAAGGGAAUUCGUAUAGAAAGGAUUGCCUGAUUCAUCCGCUCCACCCGAAAAGUGUGUUUGGAAAAACGUUUCCAACACUGACUUUUACCAUCUUGAACAAUGUUCCCGCUGUUGAGAGGUAGCCAUGCACGGCGUCAAAUCGAACUCACAGGCUACGGUUUUUUUUUUUACAUUACAUGACAUUACAUGCAGCAUGUUGGGGAGUUGGAGGGCCGCGCGAAAUAGAGAUAGAGAUAGAGAGACAGAGAGAGAGAGAGGGUGCAGCCAAGUUAUUAUGGCAAGUAGGCCUGAUGUGCGGGCGUGCAACAU